AUGCCUCAGCUCCCGGGUAACAGAAGUUCGCAUGAAGACGCUGCUGAAUAUUACACAUCAGAAUCCAUCCUCUCCAUCGCUAUCUUCAUCAUCAUUUUCAUGAUAGGUAUCCCAGGCAAUGGACUGGUGAUCUGGGUAGCUGGUCUGAAAAUGAAGAGAUCUGUGAACAUUGUCUGGUUCCUAAACCUUGCUGCGGCUGACUUCAUGUGCUGCUUGUCCUUGCCAUUUUCCAUUGUGCACCUGGUUCUCCAUGAACACUGGCCCUACGGUUGGUUCCUCUGCAAAGUCAUUCCAUCAGUCAUAAUCUUCACCAUGUUUGCUAGCAUCUUCCUACUUGUGGCCAUCAGCAUUGACCGGUGCCUCCUUGUGAUGAAACCUGUCUGGUGUCAAAAUCAUCGAACAGUGAAAUUUAUAUCACUAAUUUGCAGUGGCAUUUGGAUCUUGGCUUUCAUCUUCUGCUGUCCUGUCUUCUACUACCGUGAGAUUAGUGUUUAUGAUGGCAAAACCGAGUGUGGGUACCAUCUUGGAGAUGACGAAGUGCAAGAUUAUAUGGAUGGUUCUGUAAAUGAGUUCUUGGAAGAAUACUCACCCUUAGCCUAUGGCAGUAAUGACUCAUGGGGAAUUUUCUAUGAAGGUGAUUAUUCUGCACCCCUUACCUUAGGGCUAAUAAAUAUCACCAGGGCUGUCUUUGGCUUUCUGCUCCCCUUUGGCAUAAUGGCAGUUUGCUACACCCUCAUCGCUUUCCGAACGCGCGCAAAUCAGUUUCAGAAGCCACGCAACAGGAUGCUGCGAACAAUUGUGCUCGUGGUAGCAGCGUUCUUCAUCUGCUGGGCUCCAUACCACGUAGUUGGGAUUCUGUCCCUUGUACCUACCCUUGGAACAGGACAGAGGGAGUCAUUGAUCCUCUGGGAUCACCUCUCUACCGCACUCGCCUACGCCAACAGCUGCAUCAACCCCCUGCUCUAUGUUUUUGUGGGGCGGAACUUCAGGGCAAAGGCACGGCAAUCCGUGCGAGGAAUCUUGGAAGGUGCCUUUUCUGAGGACCCAACACGAUCAAUCCCUUACUCCCUCGACAGAAGCAAGACUUCAACAGAGAAGGACGGCAGCAGCACAGUGUAA